UACUGCACUAUUUCUUUGUCCAGUAACAUGACCAGCAAGAAAGUAAUUGCAGUUUUUGGAGCAACAGGAGCUCAGGGUGGCUCUGUGGCCAGGGCCAUUUUGGAGAGCAAACAGUUUGCUGUGAGAGCUCUGACCAGGGAUGUGACUCAACCGAAAGCACUGGCGCUCCGGGACCUUGGUGCCGAAGUGGUAAAAGGGGACCUGAAUGAUGAAGCAUCAGUGGAGGCUGUCUUAAAAGAUGCCUAUGGGGCCUUCGUGGUGACCAACUUCUGGGACCAUCUCAGCAAAGAGAAAGAAGUGUGUCAGGGCAAGCUGGUGGCAGAUAUGGCCAAGCGCCUGGGUCUGAAGCACGUGGUAUUCAGUGGCCUGGAGAACGUCAAGCGCCUGACAGGUGGGAAGUUGGAAGUUGAGCACUUUUCUGGAAAGGGAGAGGUAGAAGAGUAUUUCUGGUCCAUUGGUGUUCCCAUGACCAGCGUGCGCUUGGCAGCUUACUUUGAAAACUUUCUCACCAUAUGGAAGCCUACGAAAGCCUCUGAUGGAGAUUACUACACCAUGGCACUGCCUAUGGGGGACGUACCGAUGGACGGGAUCUCUGUUGCUGAUGUUGGAGCAGUCGUCUCUAGUAUUUUUAAUUCUCCGGCAGAGUUUUUAGGCAAGGCCGUGGGCCUGAGUGCAGAAGCACUAACAAUACAGCAAUAUGCUGAUGUUUUGUCCAAGGCCUUGGGGAAAGAAGUCCGAGAUGCAAAGAUCACCAUGGAAGCUUACGAGAAGCUGGGAUUUCCUGGAGUGAAGGAAAUGGCCGAGAUGUUUCGUUUCUAUCACAUGAAGCCAGACCGUGAUGUCAAGCUCACCCACCGACUAAACCCCAAAGUCAAAAGCUUCAGCCAGUUUAUCUCAGAGAACAAGGAAGCCUUGAAGGGCAUUUAAGCUUUCAAACAGGCCCCUGACCACACAAAUGUCCUCCUCAUUCUGGUCCUCUUUACAGCACAUGUCCAUUUACAGAACAGAAAAG